AACUCCAACUCUCCAACCAUCUCGCGCGUUUAUCUUACAUAAAAUAUAUAAGCCUUCCAUACAGAAAAUGAUAGUUCCGUGUUAUUUUCAAGAACGAGGCCAUGUGGGUGGCGCUUCGCUCUUAUCUGAGACCGUCACCUUCCGCAUAGCGAGACAUGUUCAAUCAACUUAGAGUAAAGAAUACAUAUGCCGUCUAUGAUUCCAGAUUUCCAUGCAGGUCGCUCUCGCGCCAUAAACGCCACGUUCCUAUCCGAAGGCCGGGACUCUGGCCGGGACCCAGCUGAGACUCCUUACAACCAUCCAUGUCCGCAUCGCAACUUCACGAAAACGACCAUCCAAUUGAGUACCUCCUCAAGAAUGCUCCCCCGAGGUGUUCCCAACGCCACGACAAUCGCCACGGUUCUCCUCCUCGGCCUUAUCUUCUUCCUCUGGAAAUUCGACUGGACACCAGAGCAGUAUCACAAUGCCAGUAGACUCGCGACUCCACUGAAAAGUCCGCCGAGUCCCGCGAAGUCUGCAUCCUAUGGUCCGCGUAUAGCGAUCAUCACGUUCAUUACGAGUCAGAAGUCGUAUAUCCAUCUCUCAUUGAAGAAUAAAGCGCGUAAGCAUCCCCCGGAAAGAGAGUUCAAGCCAAGAUAGUAGAGUGAAGAUAACGAGCGAGGACAGAUUACGUUCAGGCGUGGGACACGCCGAGCCAUUAGAUGAGAAGCAUGCUGCUGUGCUGGCAUAUACGGACCAGAUGACGAUAGGGGUGGCGGUGGAGGAUGAGGUGUUUGGGGAGUUGAAGAACCUGUUUAAGGAAAGGGAGGUUGUGGAGAUUAUGGCG